GACCAGUAUAGAAUACCAGCCCAGAGCUGUUUUAUUUUAAGGAUCAAUUUAACGACAGAUAAGAGUUCACUUUUUAUGACAUACAAAAGAAACGUAGAAAGAGAACCUCAAACGAACAACUAUGGGAAUUGAAACGAACUUCCGUUCGGCUAACGUGAUUACCGUUGUCGCAACAGGCUCUCUGAUUGUGACCACCGUGAUAUUCCUUGUGGGGUUUUCUACCGCGAACUGGGUAACAGCAGUGAUUGGUGAACACAGGUUUAACGUUGGGCUCUGGAAAUCAUGCUACUGUAAUUAUGGUUUUACACCUAAAUUUUGCAUUUGCGGAAACAUCGGUGAGGAAAAUGGCGGUGUUCAAUUAGAAGACUGGUAUAAGGCGAGUCGCGCAUGCGCUGUGAUCGCUCUGAUAUUCUUAUUUGCGGCCAUGGGCGUGAGUGUUGCGUCCAUAUUUUUGUCCCAGAGCCCCUAUCUACGAAUGGCAUGCAUCGCGCUGGUCCCGUCUGCAGGUGUUAUGAUCGCCAUAAGCGUGAUAGUGUACGCCGUGAAAUUAUUCGACAACCCUUCUAACGAUGUAUUUGCCCUUGCAUACUCCUUCCAUCUCUGUGCCGUGACGGCCUCCAUUUGCAUGUUCAUUUUGACACCCUUGUAUGGCAUUGGUCACGUCCGUACGAAGCCAGGAGUGUCCAACAUGGCACAGCCGGGCAUGGUCAUACACGCGCCAGGUCAGGCUUACGUCGUGAAUAACCAGACAACGUUCCCUAUGACGUCACAUCCACACCAGUCACAUACCAACCCAGCAAUUGUACCAGAAGAGAAGAUUAAACAUAUCACGGACGCUACAAUUGAUAUAUAGAUGGCCUAAGUUUCAGACUAUUGUAUUCAAGAUUCUGAAAGAGAGGACAGUGUAGAUAACUCAGACUAAAACAUUGACAAACUGGAAAUAAAACAUUGGCGAACUGAACUUCAUGUUUCAUCCUUCUGUGCAACAUUUCUAUGGCAUCUGAAAACAUCUGAACGAUACUACGCAAUAGGUUUAGUAGCUUUAUCAAAACGUUCCAAUUUAUGUUCAGGUAUUAUAUUUUUCAAGAUAUUCAAAUGGUACUUUCUUAAUUAAAUAUUGCUUAUAUAUUCCAAUAAAAUAACAAGAACGUUUUGGUAGCAUUCAUAAUUUUUCUUUUAUACGAGCACCUUUAUUUGUUCUUUGCUGCCCUCAGAUUUUCAUUUAUGACAAUAUACUUCUUUUUUAUAUCUCUUCAGCUGAAUGCGUACAAAGAACUUAAACAAAUCCUGGGCAUACUUCCCCUUUUUGUUAUUCACAAACACAGUAAUAACGGUGAUAGAAAAUCCCCAUGAGGUACAUUUUCGAACACUUCCUCUAGUUCAUUCUGGUGCUUUGCAUUUGAGUACACGUGAUUAUACACAUACAUGUAUACUGUGUAUUGGUAUUAAAUAAGUACGUUAUAGAUUUAUAAAUACCUCGAUAUUGCUAGACAGGCACAGUUUUACCAAUGACAUUGUUGCCAUGCAUUCACUUUUUCUUGUAUUUUCUGUGUUUCUUUUCUUCAAUAAACCGAUACAAACCGAG